AUGGAUAACUCUGCUAUACAAACUUUGGAAGCUGCGGCUCAAAUAUUGAUGGCACCGCCAAAUAUAGUUUCUUCAGAGCAACGACAUCAGGCAGAGAGUGUUUUCCUUGAGUUUAGAAGCACUAAAAAUCCAUAUCAAUUAUGUAGAGAAAUACUUGAAAAAUCUAGCUCAGAUUACAUACUUUUUGAAGCUGCUGGUCUUAUAAAGACUGCUCUAAUAAGAGAAUGGAACUUACUAUCUGAGAAUGAUAUAAAUUCUCUUCGAGAAUAUUUACUAAACUACCUUUUAAGAAAAGAAGCUCCACCAUUUCUUAAGGAAAAGCUGUUACAGACAAUUGCAGUAAUAAUUAAAAGAGGCAGUAUUAGUGAUGGUGGACGGGAAAGGAAAGCAUUAUUAGAUGAAUUAGAAAAAAUAAUUCUUAGCUCACCUAUAACCCAACAAAAAUUAGCAUGUUCACUUAUUUUAUCAAUUAUGCAAGAAUAUGCAAUAACUGUUAAAUCUGCUGAUGUAGGUCUUAUAUGGGAAGUUCAUUUUCGAUUGAAAAAAUCUUUUGAAGCUUUAGAUUUAAAAAGAAUAUUUAGAUUUACUGUUGGAGUCUUAGAGCAAAUUGUCCGAUCAGGGCACCAACCAGAGGGUGAACAAGCUUUAUUGACAAAACAGCUUUUAACAAUAGUAGAAACAGUUUUAUGUUGGAACCAUGUGUCUCCACUACUUUCUAAAAGAUUGAUUGGUGCCUUUGAAGCUAUCUAUGAAAGUGACACUGCACCAGCCUUACGCUUAAGCUUGAAUUGGAGGGAUACAAUUAUGCAGCCACAAUUAAUAACAUUAUUCUUUGAAAUACACAUAUAUGUGAGAAACAAUCCUGAUUUACUCAAUUCCUCACUUACAUGCUUAGUUCAAUUGGCUAGUCUAAGUGGUGUUGUUGUAUCCGCAAGCAAUUUAAAACAACAGUACUUAGAAAAUUAUGUAAAUAGCUUUGUGAGAAUAUUAGCAUUCAUCCAACCAUCAGAGAGAGAAAUGCUGGGUAUUUCACAAAUAUAUAGGAGAUUAGUUCAGUUUUUCACACCUACUAUGAUAGCUUCUACUCCUCCUGCAUUCCUUCAAUAUCUGACUACUUAUACCUGCCAUUGUAUCAGAGGAUCAGUUGUCGAAGAAGGUAUAAAUGAUGAUACAUUCUGGCGUGAAUCACUAACCAAGUUCUUACACACAUGGAGUUCUAUAGUACAAGAUACAGAUGGCUUUUCAAAUGCAACAUUGAUGACUCCUUGCAUAGAAAUAUUCAAUACUUAUCUGCAAUGUAGAUUAGCACCACCCGAUGGAACAAGAGGUACAGAAAGCAGUGACGGUUGCAAUGAUGAUAUCAAAGACGACGUAGAUGAGGAUGAACGGGAAUUGCAUAGUAAUAACCUAUUGACAAUUGGAGCUGUAGCAAGAAAAGCGCCGGCUCAUUGUAGCCAUGUUCUAUAUACACUAUUGAUGGACAGAAGUAAACGGCUUGAAAGUCAACUCCAAUUAAUGCAUAUGAAUAAAUGUCAGAUUAUUAAUGGAGGAGAACAACUCGUUACACUUUUUGAAGAUCUACAUUGGAUUUUAAUGAUAACUGGACAUUUUCUAGCCUUAGACUGUACGGAGGGAGAGACAGUGAUGAUUCCAACUGAAUUAGUGGAAUAUAGUGUGGCGCAAAAUGCUGAUGUGGACGCGUCCUUACGGUAUCUGGUCGGAGAGACCACCAGUACUGAGAAUGUUGAUGAUAUAUUGAAGUUGGUGGGUGAAAUACUACGAAUCAGUUCGUGGGAAUGUGCGGCGUUAGAAGCUGGCCUCGCUUCAGUUUUCAGUCCUGAACUCUCCGCCACGUUGUCUUGGCUAUUGAAGAUAUGGGCCAAUGCCUAUUUGGUAUUGCAACCCCCACAGUGUUCUAAGGUGCUGGAGGCGGCGUUCGGCGCGGGGUCGCGCGGCGUGUCGUGGGUGGUGGCGCUGGUGGCGCGCCGCGCCGCCGCCGCGCUGCGCCACCUGGCCGCGCAGCCCGCCGCCGCGCGCCACGCGCUGCUGCUGCUCGCCGCGCUCGCCUACCCGCAGCACAAACAGAGCCCUCUAGCCAAAUGCGAGGAGUUCGUGGCGCUGGUCGCCUGGGAAGCGGGCGGCAGCAACCUGCCGGGCGAGCUGCGCAGGGAACUACAUCGCGUGUUCGCUAUCGCGGCCACGUACGCUGAAGGUGAAGAAAGAAACCGUCUACUCGGCAGUACAGUGGCAUUGCAAGAGAAGUUGAUGAAUAUAAUCAACGCGGAGGCGGACACCGAGCCCAUACGCAGCAUGCUCGCCGAUACGCUCGAUUGUUUCAUUGGAGUCACUGAAGGGGUUCUUGAAGUGGGCACCCUGGACGAGCAGUUCACAAUGCUGAUGCACGCGCUGGACAAGAUCCCGGGCAUCGUGUUCCGCUACCACAACUACCCGGGCGUGGUGCUGCCCGCGCUCACGCUGCUCGCUCGCAGCGCCAAACGUAUGCUGCACUCCGUACAGCCGGCCAAUGUUAGCAAAUUUUUGGAUGUGUGCAACACUACAUUUGAAGUAUACAUGAGAUGGAAUUCUGGAAAAAUUUCAAGUAUUCCGCAAGAUGCAGAAGAAGAAGCAUAUGAGGACAUAUGCGCACUGAUGGAUGUAAUAAGCAGCGUGUCGCGGUGCGGCGGCGGCUGCGGCGCGGAGGCGGCGUGGCGCCACGCGUGCGCGCGCGGCUUGCGCCUGCUGCUGCCGCUCGUCACGCCGCCGCUGCUGGCCAUGCCGACGCUCGCGCUGCGCGCGUACCGAAUGCUAAGAGACUUGGAUAAUGCUAGUCAGCUAACAAAUUUACCGAUAGAAGACUUCAACAUGGUUAUAAACGCUCUACGAGUCGGACUAACAGCCGUAUCCUGCGACGUGUCCACACUGUGCUGUGAAACUAUAGUGGGCAUCUCGAACACUGUGCGGACACUGGGCGACGACAAUCCUUACGCCAUCGCAGUCCUGUCCCUCGCAGAGUUAUUACUGAUGUUGAUAAUCAAAAUGGAAAUACCACCAGAUUCAAUACCAGCAGCCGGCGCCGCCAUAUAUGCGCUUACAUGCGUCAAACCCGCCUUGCUAGCAGGAUUAGCGAGACAACUCAUAGAAGCGUUCGCGGUCAAUGACCCCGCCAAUGUGCCGAGACUAGAAGAAGCCUUCGGAAUACUCACGAAUGGAGUCCUAUUCGAUGGCUUGAGAACCCAUAAACUGAGGUUUCAAGACAAUUUUGAUAAGUUCCUGGCCAGUGUGCACGGGUUUUUGAUAGUUAAA